ACCCCCCUCGUCUGCCAUGAUCCUCCCACGGGGGAUUGUCGCCCUCGGAAGAGGUGCCCUCGGCGGCUCCCGCGACCGGCCGGUCGCACGUGCCGCCCUGGCCGCACAGGUGGUGGCCACCCGUGCAGCCUCGACUACCGCACACCCGGGCCCCGGGCCGGCCGGGCCCGCUUCAGUCAUCGGGGCUUUCCCCCGGGGUGGUGCCGACACCCUGUCCGAGGGCCAACUCCGCUUUCUCCGUACCCCGGACACGAGCAGUCCAGUGGCCCCGGUGAAGAUCGGCUCCUUUGUCCGCCUCGCACGGCGGAUCCUCUCGCAACAGGCCCGCGCCGCGCGGCUCGACGGGCAGGGGCAUCCGGCAGAGGCGGCGGCUGCGCGCCAGGCCGCCGAGCACCUGCGCCAGACUCUCAUCACCUGCCCCGAGGCCGGCCCCGCCCUGCGAGAGCUCCAGCGCUCGACGUCUCCCUACUUCCGGGAUGUCGGGCCGCUGGCCGAGCUGCGGCCCUGGUCCGUGAACCGGGUCAACCAGCUGGCCGAGGCGCGGCACCUGGCCGGCACACAUUAUGGCCUGGCGGUGGCGGCUCUGUGCAGCUCGCUUGUGUCCAGUCCCGAGUGCAUCCUCCGGGAGCUGGGCCUGCCAACCAUCCCCCCGGAUGCCAUCCUCCCGGAACACUUGGAUCUGGAGGACCCGGCCGCCGGCCUGGUCCUGUCCAGCCUGUCGCCCAUGCCCCCUGCGGCCGUGGCCCACAUGCAUCACAUCGUGGAAAAUUUCCCCCAAAUGAUUGAUGAGGCAUGUAGGCUGCCCUUUGUCGUGGACCGCACGCACCAAACUUUCAUGGUGGUCGACGACAUCACGACCGUGGACCAUGAUGAUGCCAUUUCUGUCGAAUACGAUGCCGCCAGUGGCCACACGACGAUUUUCGCACACAUCGCCAGUCCGAGCCUCUUUAUUCCCUUCGACUCGCCGCUGGAGCAGCAUCUCCGCGCGCGGGGAUCAUCCAUCUACCUCUCCAAGUCACGGGUGCCCAUGCUGCCGCCGGAACUUACGCGCCUGCUCUCGGUCCUGCCCAUCCCCGGGCUCGCCGAGGAUCGUGCCCUUGCCCUGACCAUGGCAGCUACCAUCGACCAGGAGGGGGCCAUCCUGGACACCGGACUCUCGGUGUCGGUGCUGCGCCGCUCCCAGGGCCGGCGGCUGACCUACAAUGCGCUGGAUGCGCUGCUGGCCCGUGAGAGUGGUGUUCAGGACUCGGGCCCCGAGCCGGCCCUGCUCCCCGAGGAGGAGACCCUGCUUCAGGACCUGGGCUCGGACGCCACGCGGGUAGCCCUCCUCCAGGAUGCAUCCCGGCUGCUGGCAGCCACGCGCACCUUCCGCGCGCACCGACAGCAGGCCACGCCGACUGUUUCCAUGGGCCGGGUGUCUUUGCGCCGCGGGGAGGCCGAGCUUCGGGUGAACGGGGUGUUGGCCCGGCAGGAGGCGCUGAUCCCGACGCGCGAUGGGACAACCACCUCGCCGGCCGACGAGCUGGUCAGUGAGUCGAUGAUCCUCGGCAACUUCGUGGCCGCUACCUGGGCCCGGGGCCAGGGGAUUCCCUUUGUCUUCCAGAGCCAACGGUCGCAGCCUGGGCUCCUGCCGGCGGCUUUGCGCGAGCAGGUUGCUCGGUCCUCUGCCGCCGGGCCCUUGGACCUCACUUUUUCCGAGCGCCAGCUAUUCUUCCAGGCCCAAGACGCCGGCACCUAUGGCUUGACCCCGAUGCGCCACUCGCUUCUCGGUUUGAAGACCUAUGCCCAGGUGACCUCCCCCCUUCGGCGGUAUAUGGAUGCCCUGUGUCACUACCAGAUUCUCAGCCAUCUCGCCGGGCGCUCGCCCCUCUCGGAGGAUGAGCUUCAGCCCCUUAUGGCUCAUGGCUCUCUGAAACAACGUGCGGCUCGCACUGCCAGUACCACCUCUGAGCGAUACUACACCGCCAAGUUUUUCGAUGGCUGGCCACGCGAGAGGCCCAUCUCCGCUCGAGUGAUGACCGUGCAGCCUGCCUCCGAUGUGUCACCUCCUUUGGACCAGCUCUGGCUUGCGGACCCGGCGCGUAACCCAGCUCUGGCCCCGGGCGGCUAUGCCACCUCUCCGACCUACAAUGUCACAGCCACUCCGGCCAGCCCCCAAGCCCCGGACUACCUGGUCAAUAUGGCGGCCUUCCGCCGGCCCCCCCGUCAGAUGGCCGAGAUCACCGCCCAGCUGGAGCCCUUUGGCUUGGAAGUGACGGUUCUCAGCGGCCCGGCCGAUGCGAGUACCGGUCCGGCGUCUCUGCCCAAACCUGGUGACACUAUCCAGCUGUACGUCAGCGGGGUCAACCUGCAGAGCAUGCGGGUGUCCUUUGUGUUGGCUGCACCGGCGGCCGGCGCGCCGGGCAUUGCCUCUUCCCUUUCCUCCUCCCCCUGAAUUUAGAAUGCCACGUCCUCUCCCGGGCACCAAAAGGCACAGGGGGAACCCGACGCACAAGGCCCCCCCUCCCCCCUCCCGAGCAGAAGGUGCACGGCACGAUCACCCCGGUCACGGCGGCGAUCGAGCUAACCACGUGCCCGGUGCAUUAUGCCUAAACGGUGUUCUCAUAUCUCUGAUUAAACAUCACUGAGUAGGUGCCCACGAAUGUCCCGUACAUCAUUGGCACUCGGGGACGCGCACCGCCGCGGCGCUCCGAACCCACAAUCCCUAGACGCGCCCACGCUGGCCCGGGUGCCGCGGGGGCGAGGCAAGACGGAUGAUCGAGCCCGCUUCGUCAGUCCCUCUUUGCUUUCCUCCGUCCCUGUCAAGAGCAUCGCUGUUCACCACCACUGCCUGGAGGGGGGAGGCGGUAAGUGCCCCCUGGAGUUGCCCUCACCCCCCCCCCCCAUCCCCUCUACCCAUUCCAAUAAAGCUCC